CCACAGUCCACACUUGUUGAGCUCGCCGUCGGACGCUGUCCGCCGUUGUCAGGCCUGCGUGGUUUUUUCCGGCUGGUAUUGAAGAAGAGCAGAUUAACACAAGAAAAUGAACAAGGAUAAAAUCUUCAAGCUAGCAAAGGGCUUCCGUGGAAGAGCCAAGAAUUGCAUAAGGAUAGCUAGGGAAAGGGUGGAGAAGGCCUUGCAAUAUUCCUACAGGGACCGCCGUAACAAAAAGAGGGACAUGCGCUCCCUUUGGAUCCAACGGAUUAAUGCUGGCACCCGCAUUCAUGGAGUUAACUAUGGGAACUUCAUGCACGGGCUGAUGAAGGAGAAUAUCCAACUUAACAGAAAGGUUUUAUCAGAGAUUUCCAUGCAUGAACCGUAUAGCUUUAAGGCCUUGGUUGAUAUUUCUCGAAAUGCUUUCCCAGGAAGCAAAAAUGUGGUCAUUCCUCCGAGAAAGGUGGCCGUUUAAAGCAUUUGCCAUUUAAGCAGUGGUUUAGUUUGUAACAGAAUCGUCAAGUAUCCUUAUCAAUAUACCCCCGUACUUAGUUACUAGGUGAUCUCCUCAUUUGCUGGAAUGUUAACAUUAUAUAGUUACGGCGCUGUUCCUUUUUUUUUCGGCCGUUAAUAAUUUUUGAUAGUUGAAUUAGCAGU